GUAAGAACACGCCUCACUGGAGACAUUCAAGGAAAGGUUGGACAACCAACCACUGUUGCAGAACAGAAAAGAAACUCAUGCAUCAGAAAAGGUGACUAACAACCAUAUCAUAAGAAUAUGGCUGCACAAAUACCAGAAUCUGAUCAGAUAAAACAGUUUAAGGAAUUUCUUGGAACCUACAAUAAACUUACAGAAACCUGCUUUCUGGACUGUGUUAAAGAUUUCACAACAAGAGAAGUAAAACCUGAAGAGACUACCUGUUCAGAACAUUGCUUACAGAAAUAUUUAAAAAUGACGCAAAGAAUAUCCAUGAGAUUCCAGGAAUAUCAUAUUCAGCAGAAUGAAGCUCUGGCAGCUAAAGCAGGACUGCUUGGCCAACCUCGGUAGAGAAGUUCUGACAGGUGGACUUUUGAUGUAAUACUGCUAGCAGCUGUUGCACUGGAAAUGAGGUUUCUGGCGAUAGAAUCUCUUGAAGCAAAACUUAAACUAUCUGCUAUGACUGUGACAAAUGGAAAUGGCUGGGGAAACAAAACUACUGUGUACCAGGAAAAAUCAAAUGGAAGAAGGUCUUAUUCAAUGAAGCAAAGAUGCAACGCUUGAUGAGGCCUUAAUAGUCAGCAGUCUGGUCACUUGAUUUGAAAAAUAAACCAUUGUCUCUUCACUUAUGACUGUUAAUUUUAAAGCAAAAUAUGUGUUCAAUCAUGUAUGAGAUGGGGGAAAAGUUUUAUUACUAAAAUAAAUGGAAGUAUCACUGAGCAGUUGUUUAUACUGUAUGGCACCAUAGUAUUCUGACUGGGCUGUAGAUACGUUGAAAUGUUUUUCAAUCAAGAUGAUCCUCCAAGUACUCCUAAUCAUUCAUGUCGGCCUCAAAUUGCUGGUAAAUACAUAAAAUAGUUAUUUGCUAGUCAU